CGUUCACUUACAACUCCCUCGCUUUACAUUGACAGUUCAUAUAGAAACAACGAAGCGAAGAAAACAAAGGGUAUGCCACAAUGAACGCGUUGCUGGCAAAGCGUAAAAAUAUGAGAACUUGCAUGUCAAAACAAAUGACUGACGCAAAGCGGAGCAAAAGUUCUCUGUGAAUUGGGUAAUACUAGAACUGUGUCUUCUGUAUAAUCCAGCAACCCUUAUAGAUCGUUAACGAAACUUCGCCACUCGAACGCUCUGGCAACUACGAAUAUCGCUGUCUAGUUAAUGCUAGCAAUUUAUUGUCGCUUCUAUUUUGUUCUAGCACCGUCUUUACAUGACGAUCCGACUCGCCGAUUUUUUUCAUUCUUUCAAGAUCGGGACGAAUGUUUCAGCAGCAUUUGAAGUAGAAAUAACUUUUUUGUAGAUUAUUUUUCUGGUGAAAAUUUUGUAGUUUUAUGAACACAUAUUUCAAGAUGAUUUCAUUUAUUUUACCAUCAAUUAUUUAUUUUUAUGACAGUAAUCGAAAAUAAAGUUUGAAUAAAUCACUUAUUCAUUUUGCGCUACUGGGAUGUUAUACGAAAACGGCAAAGCAGAAUGACUAACUGUCAGAUGUGAAGGAAGCACAUUCAUUUUAUAUUGUCAUUUGCUUUGCGAUUGUGAUUUGAAGUGAUUGGUGUGCUACUGUUAAUUGUUAUACUUGUUCGCAUAUCAGAGAAACGAUAGAACUGUAUAUAAAAACCAUUAACGCGUGAGACAUACCUUAGACGAUUUAGUGUAGCAUACCUGGAACAUCAAAGACAGCGUAGACACCAGUACACUUUUUAUAUACAUACACACUCCGAACCGCUUAAUUUGUUUGUGUAGAUUACGCACCAAUUGGUACAAUGAUUCCGGCAAUAACAUCGAAUGACAAAUUUCACAAUGUUAUUAUUAGUACAGGAAAUAUUCUUAACUUAAAUAACCAAUUAGGUGGAAAGUCAACUGAAGAGAUUCUGGACGGUUUAAGUUUGACAUUACAGUGCCAAGCAGCGGCCUCACAAGUGGAAUUGAUUGAAGCAGAUGGUUGUGUGCUCCGAGCUACAGAAGAGCUCAAGCAGAAAUUAACUGAAAACGACCGAUCAGAUAUUAGUAUUGGUGCUAAAAUAUUUUUAAACAAAAACUCUAGUGCAUAUAUAAAGCAGGCGAUAAGAACGUUGUUGCAAGUACUUAAAGUAGAGCACGUGGACAACGUGGUGUUAGCGUAUCACCCGACAACUGGAGAUAAUUCAUCAAACACCAACAAUAAAGAACAUGUUCAAAUUAAUGACAAAUCAAAUCAAUUGAAAGAGCUUUGGACGUCGUUGGAAGAAUUUGCUCAGCAAAAGAAAAUAACACAAUUGGGCAUUGCAGAUUUGGAUAUUGAACAACUGCGCCAAUUAUAUGCAACAGUCGAGGUUCAUCCGACCAUAGCACAAAUUAAUUUGGAAUCGUGCUGUGUAGUGCCACCAGCAUUACAAGAAUAUUGUACAAAGCAUGAUAUACAACUGUUGACACAUAGCGAUCCAGAAGUUUUGUUACCCGAUGAACAAUUCAUUGUACCCGGCUACAAAGUAGAUUGGGCUUUACGUUAUCAAGUACAUGUUCGAUGUCGCGGUGUAAUAACUGCCAAAGGCUACAUACUCGGAGCUAGCAAAUGCGACCAAAUAGAAAAACACGUAGCAGUUUGAAUGCCAUUUUAGUUCAAAAGCUAUUAUCGCGGGUGGAGGGGCAAUUGCGGGUUAUUUGUGUGUAUGUUUGUGCUACUCAUGUAUAGAGAGAGACCGGUUAAGCGAUCAUAACUAUAUUGGUGCGCCGAAAACUUAUUUUGGUGAAUUCAAAUAUACCAUUUCGAUAUGAAAAUGUAGUAAAGGGAUUUGAUGGCCUUACUGGAUGCAGCAUGCUAAGCUUUUCUAUCACUGCAAAAAAAUAGGAUUAUCAUACAUCCUAUAUGCAUAUGAAUUUAUAAAGACGAAGUAGGUUGCGCUCAGUAAAAAUAUACGAUGAUUUACAUUUUACAGUACUUUUAUUGCGGAUAUAUAUAAUUAAAGCAAUAUUGAGGCGUUGCAAGUAUCCAUGUAAUGAGCUUUUACAGGUCUGAAAGACUAAUUCGAAAAGUAAAAGUUUACGAGUGUAUAUAAGCUACAAAAUAAGAAAUCAAAAACAGAAACUCAGAAUAUGUAAUUAAAUGUUUUAAAGAAUUAUUGUUUUACAUUAAAUAUUGCAACACAAUUGCUGGCAUUUUCCUUAAUUAAAAUAAAAAACUUUUACCAAAUUCGUGCAUUAAUUUUUGAAAUAUAACAUGAAAUAUUUAAUAAUAGAAAAAUUAUUUAAAUAUGUUUUUGUAAUUCAUAAACUUUAAUAUAUACAUUCAUAUAUACAUAUUUAUACUAAUAAAAAUGAAAUAAAUUUGUAUAUUUUAGGAAUGCAUUGUACACUUAAAAUAAAGCUAGAAAUAAUUAUAUGAAACACAAAACAGCUGCAAGCUAUGGGUUUAUACAUAAGUAUGUAGAAUUUUAUUGUAUUAAUGUUGUAAUGUAAUUACACGAUUCGCUGCAAUUUCACAAUAAACAUUUUUUUAGUUAAAAAUAAAUUAUAUGAAAAACAA